GCAAAGUUUGGGACUAUUGUCAAUAUUCAGGUCCAAAAUGAAGGUAAUCCAGAGUCAGCCCUGGUGACAUUUGCAAGCCAUUCAGAAGCAAAUGCAGCAUACCGCAGUACAGAGGCAGUGCUCAACAAUAGGUUUAUCAAGCUAUUUUGGCACAACCCACAGAAUAAACCAGAUCGUCCUGGAAGUUACCCGUCCCACACUGUCAGACCUGUGCAUGACAGACUGGGCGUCAGACACCCUAACAAAACCCUCAACAAGAUGGUGGUGGAGCACACAAGUGAGGACAAAAAUGAAAAGGUGAUGAUCUCUCGAGGCAGCUUAGUCAAGACUGUUUACAACACUCAUGCCCUCCAUUUCACUCCCACCUCCCCUGUCAGUGGCCCUCCCUCUUUACCUGCCACAGCACCUGAUUCAACACAGACUGCUGCCGACAGUAAAAGACAAGAGAUUGAUGCAAUCUUAAAGCAGCGAGAAUUAUUAGCUGCUGAGGUUGCUGCUAAACAGAAGGUGGAAAAGCAGAAGGCAGAAGCUUUAAAGCUAAAAUCAGAAGUUGAGCAGAGGAAGAGAUUGCUGUUGGACAAACAGAUGCAACAGCUCAAGGUACUUGUAACAAAAUUUGACAAAAACAAGGCCACCAUGAAAGCAGAAGAGAAAAAAUUACUCCUAGAAACUAUCAAAUCCUUGCAAGCAGCCAUUGACACAACAAGAUCACAGCUCGUAGCAGGGGAGACUCCCAAAAGCAAAGUCCAGGUAGACAGAGAAAUACUUGACACUGAACUUGAGCUGUACACUGUCCAAGCUGAAGGAGGAGACAUUUCCAAGCUCCGUGCACGACUCAACCAGCUGAGAGCACAACAGCAGGCAGCAGGUUACCCAGCUUCAAGAUCUGCAAGACAUGCGCCAUAUAGCACUGCAAGGGGAGGCCAUUAUGGGCGAGGAAGAGGAGUAACGAGCUUGGCCCGAGGAGGUUUGAGAGGAAGGGGCAGGGGUAGAGGGUAUGGUGGACACUCAUUUUCAUCCGUUGAUCGAAGAACCACCAAGAUCAAUGCCUCUGGGUUUGAACGUGAAGAUAAGGAGGAAGUGUUGGCUCACUUUUCGACCCUAGGCACUGUUUCCGAAUUAUAUCUGGGAUGAUCAGACUCCAGCUGUAACAAUUCAGUACUCAUCACGUCGAGAGGCAGAAAAGGCAAUGUCAGAGGGUAGAACUCUUGGUGAUCGUCUUCUGACCCUUACUUGGGCCUUUGAUUCCCCCCUGCCUGUAUCCUCACAGGCGUCAGGAGGAGUGGCUGGAGGGCAUCAUGUGGCCACACAUGCAUACUCUAAUGUUGCCCCACACUCCACCACUCCAUCUCUCUCCCCGGAUGACACACUGGAGGAAAUCACAGAGGAAAUAGUGGAAGAAGUGGAAACCGAAGAAGGGGAGCACCCUGAACUCUUUUCAGAUCGUGGAGGAGGUAGAAUAGGUAGUAAAGAUGGUUAGAAAAAUAUAAUGGGGUGGAAGGCACAAAAUGAGGAGUGAAAUGUAGCAUUAUUAUAUUAUAUGGAGGACUCAUUUCAGUGAGGGUGAGAUGAGCCUGCUGAUCAUGUAUACCCUCCCUCCAUACCCCAUCGUUCAUCGCUCCUUGUGUAUAUCCACCCAUUUUCUCUCUCCCUCUGUUUUUAAUUCCAUGACUUGGUCACCUUGCAUUCAUCAUAGUGUAAACAAACAAAUCAUGUUGCAUAGGUAACUUGUCACAUCACAUGAAGGAAAAGUCAUGUAUGUCAUGAGAUGAAGUGAUAUUUAGCACGUGAUAAUAAGGCAUUCUUUCAUGGGUUCAUCUGUGGUACAGUACUUUAAAUGUAGGCUUGCUAAGGUUUAAGAGAUAUGUAAUCAUUCUGAAUGGAUGUGGGAAUUGACCUCAAAGGAAUAUUAUUAAGAGCUAUAUCUUUGACAUUGUUUAUUACAAUUAAAAUGUUGUGGAGGAAUAUACAGACAGAUGCAUUAAUUGUGAUGUGAAUUAUUAAAAAAAGUUUGAAAAUUAUUCUAAAUAGUGACUUGACAUAUAUGUGAACCUUUGACUGUAUAUAUAAUAUUCACUUGGGUUCACUAAUGGGUUGGCUUUAAAAAAAAUGAUAUACAAAAUUAAAGUUUUAAUAUAUUUUUCUUACUUUGCUUUAAAGUCAUUGUGGAGAUAUUUUUCCAGUUUCUUGAUAUAUUUUUUCUAUUAUGAACUUCUCCCCUUUCCCAAAAAAUGUGCAUGAUGACAGUCAUAAUUAGUUUAAGCUAUACUUGUCAAGAUGUAUAUCUUGAGUUCAGAUGUGACUGAAGCCAUUUGGAUAUGUAACUUUUCAAUGUUAUUAGUUUAUUUAAUGUGUUCUUUGUCAUAUUAGAUCACUGUUUAUGAUUAAGAUGAUUAAAUAUUAUCUUUUCUCUAGUUGGUGUACUGUAAUACAGAAUACUAUUAUCUAUUCAGUUAGAUAUUUAAUAUACAAGUCUGUAUGUAUUUGAUUUAUUCUCAUUUGAAAAGUAUUGUUAUCAAGUAUCGGCCACAUAUAUUUUUGGAAACGGGGUUGUGUGGAGUCCAUCUAGAAGGAAAAACAAGAAAAAUUAUUUGCAAAACAUUGAUAACAAAUGAAAACUGUUAAAUCUUCCUUUUGUCUGUAGAUUUUAUUAAGAGUUUACUCUGUAUCCUCCCAGAAAAAGAAAUCUAAAAUUGGUUUGGGUGAGAUGUGCUCUAUUAUUCAUGGCACAUAGUUAUUUGAAGGGUUAUUCCUAUAACCCAUGUGCUUCAUGUAUGCUUUCAAGGUAGAUUCGAAUUCAAUCAUGUCAACCAUCACACAUAAAAAAUUUAAGUAGCUGCUGAGAGAUAUAUUCUGACUAGGCCUUGCUGAACUGCUAUCAGCUAAAUUGCCAUUGAAUAAUCUGUCAGUUAGAAACUAUCAGUGUUAAGUAGAAUGGUUGGCUGGCCUUUCUUGUAUUAUAAGUGAAGUAUAUAGGAAGUUUAGGAAUAUCUAUAUAGCAGGGACAUUAUUUAUUUUAUUUUUGAUUGUUUAGAAUAUUUUUUUUUGUAAGUAGAGUCUGGCCUUUUCCUCGCAUGUUUUAUAGAAUUAUGCUUAGUGGACAGAAACUGGCACAGUGCUGUGUUCCAGAAAUGAAGCAGGAUAUAAAGGCCAGCAGAAGAGUA